AUUUCUAGAAGAAGAAGAAUAUUUUAUUUUCGGUGAGAAAAAGUCAAAAGGUCAACGAAAUGGGGUCGUUGCAAAGGCAAACAAGUCCUGAAUCCGAUAAUGAUCCGAGGUACGCGACGGUGACGGAUGAGAGGAAGAGGAAGAGAAUGAUCUCUAACAGAGAAUCUGCUCGUAGAUCAAGGAUGAGGAAACAGAAGCAACUUGGUGAUUUGAUCAAUGAAGUUACUCUUCUCAAGAAUGAUAACGCUAAAAUCAACGAGCAGGUUGAUGAAGCUUCAAAGAAAUACAUUGAAAUGGAGUCUAAGAACAAUGUCUUGAGAGCACAGGCUUUGGAGUUAACGGAUAGGUUAAGAUCAUUGAACUCUGUGCUUGAGAUGGUUGAAGAGAUUAGUGGUCAGGCUUUGGAUAUUCCUGAGAUUCCUGAAUCUAUGCAGAACCCUUGGCAGAUGCCUUGUCCAAUGCAACCAAUCAGGGCUUCUGCUGACAUGUUUGAUUGCUGAGGAUGAUUCAUUCCUAUCUUAAGGAUCCAAAAAGAAGCAUUGAGAUCGAGUCUUUGGUCUGUUUUACUUACUGUCCUUGUUGGUUUUUCUUUUUCUGAUGGUUGGAGUUUUGUAACAAUUAGUGUGUCAUUGGUCAAUGAGUCCUGUGUUGUCAAGUCUCUUAAGUUUCUGCAAUUUCAUUUGGUCCGUGUCUUUGUAUGGUUUUGUAGCCAUAGUCCUCUCUAGUCUUGUCUCAUGUAAUUUGUGUCUACUGUGUUUCUUAUUAAAUUCAAGCUUUCUUA